UUUAAAUUGAAAGGAGGUAUACCCCAAACUUCCAUGUAAAAUCCCCAAACUAGAAUAAUUGGUGUUAUUGGAUAGUUGCAAAGCAACUUUCUUUACACAAUCAAAAUGGCCGAUGGAGCAAUGAGCGAAUUCAGAGCGGAUUUUAUAAAGGAUGAAAAAGUAGAGUCAAAAGUGACGUUGUCAAAGACGAGGGCGCAGCAGGAUGGACCUUUGAAGGGACAAAAAUUCUCAAAUCACAGCAGCACCAUUAAAGCGAACUCCACCAUCACGUCUACAUGUGUGAGCGUGCGACUGCCACUAAAUGGAGAGUUGUUCGGCUAUGACGUUGAAAUCCCGGAUGGUCAUCAAAUAGACACCAACAAAACUGUUAUCACGCCUAAGAAUGACGUCAUCGAAAUCAAAAUUGUCAAAAUUGGUGAAUUUACCCUUCCUGCUUAGUUUGGAAUGCCAAGACCGGAUACAGAAACUCUAAAAGAACAUUCAUUCUGAUAAGCUUUUAAAUAUCGUUCUUUAGUUUUUGUUGCUGCCUUGCUAUGAAUUUUUAUUAGCAGAGCCAUGAUGUACCAUGUCAAUUAAACGUUUUAAUACAAAAUAAAAGAAAUC